UUUGGUCUGAAAACGCGGGUGGGUCUUCUCGAGCCAUGAGGACACUAGAUGCUGGCUUCCUUCUGCUCCUGGAGGUGCUGCUUCCGCCUGUGACACCUGCCCCAGCUGAGGCGUCUUCUUCGUCCUCCAAUCCAGGCAGCCCUCUCUCUUCCCUUGAAUAUGAACGUUUCUUCGCCUUGCUGACCCCAACCUGGAAGGCAGAGACCACCUGCCGCCUCCGUGCAACCCAUGGCUGCCGGAACCCCACUAUCCUCCAGUUGGACCAAUAUGAAAACCACGGAUUAGUACCAGAUGGUGCUGUCUGCUCCGACCUUCCUUAUGCCUCCUGGUUUGAGUCAUUCUGCCAGUUUUCUCAAUAUCGUUGCUCCAACCAUCUCUACUAUGCCAAGAGAGUCCGGUGCUCCCAGCCAGUCUCCAUUCUUUCCCCUAACACUCUCAAGGAAUUGGAGUCUUCAUCAGAAGUUGCUCCCACCACCAUGACCUCUGCCAUGGCAUCCCAUGCUACAGCCACAGAACGCCAGGCCUUCCAGCCCUGGCCUGAGCGGCUUAACAACAAUGUAGAGGAACUGCUGCAGUCAUCCUUGUCCCUGGGAGGCAAGGAGCAGCAGACUGAGCGUAAGCCGGGACAAGAACAGCACAAGCAGGAGCAAGGACAAGAACAUAAGCAAGAGGAAGGGCAGGAGCAAGAAGAGCAGGAAGAGGAGGAGGAAGAGGAGGAGACCAAACAGGAAGAGGGGCAGGGGACAGAAGAGAGCCUGGAGUCAAUGACCAGUCUGCAGACAGACUCAGAGCCUAGGUUUGAGUCUGAAUCUUUGUCUUCCAACCCUUCCUCCUUCACUCCCCGGGUCCGAGAAGUGGACUCUGCUCCUUUGAUGAUGGAGAAUAUCCAGAAGCUCAUUCAAUCAGCUCAAGAAAUGGAUGAUAUGAAUCAAAUGUACAAGGAAGAUUCCUCCUGGAGAGGCCAAAACUCUGGCAGCAUCCUGCAGCUGCCCCACAUGGACACCAUGAUAGUGCUGUGCUAUUCUAUUAUGGAGAAUACCUGCACCAUGACUCCCACAGCCAAGGCCUGGAGCUACAUGGAGGAGGAGAUCCUUGGCUUCGGGGAUUCGGUCUGUGACAGUCUUGGACGGCGACACACAGCUGCCUGUCCCCUCUGUGCAUUCUGUUCCCUGAAGUUGGAACAGUGCCACACUGAGGGCAACGUGCAACGGCAGCAGUGUGAUGCUUCCCACAAGACAUCCUUCAUCAGCCCCUUGCUCUCAGCCCAGAGCAUAUCCACCGGCAACCAGGCAGGGAUCCCGGAAGGAGGCCGCUUUUUUGGGCUAGAUAUGUACGGUGGGCUCCGCAUGGACUUCUGGUGUGCCCGGCUUGCCACAAAGGGCUGUGAAGAUAACAGAGUCUCCAGCUGGCUCAAGGCUGAGUUCCUUAGCUUCCAGGAAGGGGAUUUCCCCACCAAGGUUUGUGACACAGACUAUGUCCAGUACCCAAAUUACUGUUCCUUCAAAAGUCAACAGUGCCUGAUGAAAAACCAGAACCGAAAGGUGUCCCGCAUGAGAUGUCUGCAGAACGAGACAUACAACGUGUUGACUCCGGCUAAAAGUGAGGACAUUAUACUUCGAUGGAGCCAGGAGUUCAGCACUUUAACUCUAGGCCAGUUCGGAUGAACUGGGGUCUGUGCUGUCCCCACCCUAGCCCUUCCUUUCUACCUUUUCCAUUGCUUUUAGACCUCAUCUGUCAGUUGGCUUCUAGGUGCCCCUCACAGGUCUCUUACCUGGCCCCUACUCACAUUUUCCUUGGGUUGGGACAGCAGUCCCAGAGAGGUCUGUGAUGGGAACUCCAUCUGCUG